GCAGACGCAGAGAUGCAGAUCUUUGUCAAGACCCUGACUGGCAAGACCAUCACCCUUGAGGUUGACACCAUUGAGAAUGUCAAGGCUAAAAUCCAAGACAAGGAGGGCAUCCUGCCUGACCAACAGUGUCUGAUUUUUGCGGGCAAACAGCUAGAGGAUGGCCGUACUCUCUCACACUACAAUAUUCAGAAAGAGUCCACCCUGCACUUGGUGCUUCGUCUGAGGGGUGGCAUCACUGAGCCCUCCCUCCGCCAACUCGCCCAGAAGUACAACUGCAACAAGAUGAUCUGCCGCAAGUGUUAUGCCCGCCUGCACCCCCGUGCUGUCAACUGCCGUGAGGAGUGCGGCCACACCAGCAACCUUCGCCCCAAGAAGAAGGUUAAACAAGACUCCUCCACCUCCUCAGGCCCACAGGGCAGUCUUCUGCCUGAACCCUGCGACUGGGACCUCAAUAAAGUUUCUGUUUUGUUGACUGGAAAAAAAAAAACAAUGACCAAUAUUACCCUUCACUUUUCUACUUCUCUUUCUCUUUCCUCGAGAUUCCAUCAGUUCUUUCCUUCUCCACUGAGCAUCCUAACCUUACCAUUACUAAUUGUUCUUUGCCAUUCUGUUGAGCCUUCAGCUGAGUAG